AUGGAUUCUAAUGUUCCGUACGUUCAUCCUUACACAAUUGUCAUGAAAAACUUGCCGAUAGAGUUCAUAGGAGGGAAGCCAACAAGCAGAAGUCUUUCUUGGCUGAAACAUGAACUCAUCGGCCUUGGGUUCAGGGUAACCAAGGUGAGGGGACAAUGGGAUGGGUCUGGUUUCUUAGGAUAUGCCUUCGUUGAUUUUGGGGGGCGCCAAGAACAUUUUGAGUCUGCUGCACGAUUGGCUAGACAAUAUGAGUUGGCAGGGCAUGGCAGAACACAUUACCUGUCUAAUAUGGAAUCCCCGACUGGGAUUUAUGCAUGGCUGGCUACGAGCACAGAUGCUCGUCUGUUUAGAGGUGCUCAUCUGUGCUAUCAGACUGCUGAUAUAGCAACAAUAGCUGGAAUCAACGCGGAAACGACAAUGCAUGAGAGCAUUAGGACAUAUGAAGCAGUUUCAGCUGGUUUGAACAAGAUGACAACCAACCUACGUAGGGAAGGCAAUGACAAUGAUUCGGAAACUUUGAAGUAUUUUCUCGAACGAUAUGAUGAAGUGGAGAAAGGAAUUGCAGAAGUGAAUAAGGAAAUGGCAACCGGCCUUAAAUUUUGCGAGGAAGAGAAGAUAAGGUUAAAGUCAAUUCAAAGGAAUUUGUUCACGCCGCUUCACGAGGCAUUACACAUUGCAAACCGCCCUCAACUGUGCGAGUUUAUCAAACAAUUGCUUGACCAGUAUGAUGAAGUGGAACAACGGGUGAGGGAACUGAAUCUAGCUAUUGAACCUAUUAAGAACACUGUUAUUGACACUAUGCCGUGUGUUGUUGGCAAGUACCAAACUUUGACAUGGUACCGGCUAGCCUUCCAACGGUUCCGUCAAAUCACCUGUUUACAUAUUCCGCUUGUGGGACCCAAAUUAUAUGGUUCUAAGAGAUUUCGGUCCUGA